AUGUCCCUCCUGCCAGUCAACCUUAGCCUUGGCGUCGCCAUCGAGAUGCUCAUGCCGGAGGAGUGCGUCCGCAUGGUGCCGACUUUGACAUUGAUCAUGUCGGGGCUUAGGGAGACCACACACAUGGUGGCCUUCAUCGCCGACCUCUUAGCUAGCGGCGUGCGCCCGGAUUCAUCGAUCGGGUCCCUGCACAGACAGCCAACGGCGCACGAUCCUCUCGUCGCUCCGCGGGAGUGGCUCCGCAAGCAGCCGCCGUCGCUGGAGUGGCUCGACAAGCAGCCGCCGUCGUCGGCGCAUUACAUUUCGUUCGGCACGACGUCGUCUCUCCGGGCAGAGCAGGUCAGGGAGCUGGCCGCCGCGCUGCGGGACACCAAGCAGCGGUUCGUCUGGGCGCUGCGGGACGCCGACCGCGCCGACAUGCGCGAGCCAGGCGGCGAGCGCCGGCUCGCGGAAUCGGCGGCGUCCCUGCUCGGCGACGCGGUGGCGCAAGGGAUGGGCAUGGUGUUGACCGGGUGGGCGCCGCAGCUGGAGAUCCUGGCGCACGGCGCGACGGCGGCGUUCAUGAGCCACUGCGGGUGGAACUCGACGGUGGAGGGGCUGAGCCACGGGAAGGCCAUCCUAGCGUGGCCGAUGCACAGCGACCAGCCGUGGGACGCGGAGCUCGUGUGCAAGUACCUCCGGGCGGGGAUCCUCGUGCGGCAGUGGGAGGAGCGAGGGGACGUCACGCCGGCGGCCGCCAUCGGCGUGGCUAUCGAGAGGGCGAUGCGAUCGGACGAAGGGGCGGCGGUCCGGGAGACGGCAAGGGCGCUUGGGGACGCUGUGUGCGCCGCCCGUGGCAAUGGCGGAUCGUCGAGCCGGGACAUGGACGACCUUGUCGCGUACGUGACGAGGUGA